UGUAUUCGUGACUCGGUAUGAUGUAAACAAACACACGUGCAAAUUCUAAACAUGUAAUUCAUAUACAAACGGACUCGUAUUUACGUAGCUGAAAGGAUAAGCAGCAACAGUACAUCCCUGGAAGUGAAAUUUACCGGUCAGAAUGCCUCCCAAACCAAGACAGAAGGCUAAGAGAGGUCCUCCUCCCAAGGUUGUGGCUAAACCAAGUCCUCAAGAAGAUACAGAUGAAGCGGCUGCCCUAGAGAAGUUUGCACUCGAGUUAAGAUGGUGUUUACAGCAGAUAGAACUCAGCAUGGAGAAGAAGCAGGGAAAUUCCAAACAAACCGAGGAAUUGAUGAAAAGUCACUUGACUUUAUCGAACAACAAGACUCCCACGGUGAAGAAAAGACAGCUCAUGAGGUCAAUGUUUGGGGACUACAGGAAGAAGAUGUCGGAUGAGGAAAAGAAAUUUAAGAUAGAAAAACCCAAAAUGAAUGCAAAUAUUACUGUCCCAAAGCAGUCAAAAUGUGUGAAGAAAUCAACCAAAAAAUGUGAUCAGCAAACAGUAGUUAAUACAACAGAAGAUAAUUCAAAUGAAGAAGCAAAAGAAACAAGAAUUUCGGAGUCUCAGCAGGAGGAAAUUGAUGCCAAGGAAAGUGGUGCCAAGCUUAGUACUUCUGUAGCAGUUGUUGAUGUAAAAGAAAAUCCUGAGGUACUGCCAAAACCUACAGACACCUUCAAGUUCAAGGCAACAGGAAACGAGUUUAGAUUUAACUUUUCGAUGUCAGAGUAAAUGUGAUAAUAAAAUGUAAUUAUUC